CAAGGAGGUUCAUGAAAAGGCUGAGAACACCCAGUUUGUGAAGGACUUUCUUAGGGGCCGCAUUCGCAAAGAGCUCUUCAAGCUUGGUGCCGUGGCACUCUACUACACUUACACAGCCAUGGAGGAGGAGAUUGAAAGAAACAAGGACCACCCCGACUUUGCCCCACUUUAUUUUCCUGCAGAGCUGCACCGCCAUGAAGCUCUGGCUCGUGAUCUCAAGUAUUUUUAUGGUCCAGAAUGGCAGAGCCAGGUCAGCUGCUCCCAGGCCACUCAACGCUAUGUGGAUCGUAUCCACCAAGUAGGGCAGGAGGACCCAGUGUUGCUAGUGGCCCACGCCUACACCCGCUACAUGGGGGACCUCUCUGGUGGCCAGGUGCUGAAGAAGGUGGCGCAGAGAGCCUUGAAGCUUCUUCCCACAGGAGAGGGCUUGGAGUUCUAUCAUUUUGGUGCCAUCCAUAGUGCCAAAGCUUUCAAGCAGCUGUACCGCAGUCGGAUGAAUGAGCUGGAACUGGACAUGGAAACAAAGAAAAGGCUGGUGGAUGAGGCUGUCAAGGCCUUCCACUUCAACAUGGAGGUGUUUGAGGAGUUGGAAGAGAUCGGCAAAACCAUCCAGGAGGAUGUUUUAGAUGCUGGCAUGCCUGUCCAUGGGGCCAUGGGGGGAGACAUCAGCAAAUGUCCCUACUAUGCUGCCAAAAUGGCGGCGUCAGGUGGAACAGCAUAUGCCUGUCAGCUCGCCAUGGCCGUACUCCGACACCCAACAGGACAGGUCCUGUUUGCUACCUGGUUUGCUGCUCUGGCUGGAUUGGCCGCAUGGUAUCUGAUGUGAUCCGGUCUUUAGCCUGUCAUUCUUCUGCUUUGAGGGAGAGAGGAAGUAGAAAUCUACACAUUUCCCACAAGCUGUAGACCACUUCAGAGUUUCAUACAAACAUUUUUAAGGGAUCCAGAUUUAUUUAUUGUUACACAUUUGCUAAUGAUGGAAACUGACAGGAAAUAAGAUGGAAUUCCAUUGAUAGACAUUAGGACAACUCCAUGCAUCCAUUACACCAAUUUCUCCUCAAAAUUGUUUUAUUUCUCUACCUCCUUUGUAAUGUCCCCCCCAUGCAUUCAGGGUCUAUCGCAGCACCUUCUGUCAUGUCUGUCACCUUUUUGUCAUGGAAACACAGUAUGAAUAACUAAUUUGCUGUACAAUUACAUUUUCCCCCAGUUUUAAAUGUAAUUGUCAGAUAGAUUGAGUGUAGUGACUUUUUGUACAGUUCUUUUAUUUAAUUUAUUUGGCCAUGCAGCACCACAUUGGCUGAUAAUGAACUAUGUAUUAUGAGCUUACUAAAACAUGCGGAUAUACUACGAAUAGGUAAUGCAUGGGUGGACUAACACAGUAGGUUUUAUGCUGGACAGACUUCUGUGUUGAUUUUUAAUGAAGUGUUUGUGUUUUUGCAUUGAAAUAUCUUAAUUUGACUAGGGAGAGGAAGCAGUGAACAAUUUGGGUAUAACAGGUCAUUUAUUUGUAAAUGUAAACUUAGAAAUAGUAUCUAUGUGCAGUAUUAGUUUAGCUUCUACCCAUUGACUGUUCUAAAUUUAAUGUAAAAACACAGCACUGCAGUAAUGUUCUUUUUGAAACUCCAUUAUCACGUCAUGAUUCAUACUUGGCCUCAAAUAUUUCUAAAAACGUACAUUCACUGUGAGACGGGUGAUAGGAAACAAAAGCUUUUUUUUUCCCCCAAAGUAUAGCACACCUAUGGCUUUAAGAUAUUUGUGAAUACACCAUGCAUGUUCAAAUGGACAAUGUUUGUUUCAGAGGUCAUCUUGCAGUCAUAAAAAAAUACUGGCUGGUUUUAAUUUAAAUGUUUGGCUUAAAGCUACUCUAACUUCUCAAAACACAUGCACACAAUAAGCUGCUCUUUGUCCCUCCAUCACGUCCUGUUUUCUGAGGACUAGCAGACUUUUAGCUGCCAAGGACUCCUCCAUGGUUGGGUGUUUGAAAUGACUACUUACGGUUCGAAGAACAAUUCUCAUAACCUUUGCUAGGUGGUGGGGUGUUGGUGGAGUAUAGCUGAGAGUCCUGUCUUCAUUUGAUUUAUUAGCUAUAGAUGAAUGCACUGCUAGUAGGAAGUGCUAACAAAGGUGUUGGUAGUUUUUUAAGGAAAUUGUCUUUCUGUAACAUUAAUAAUUUGUCUGCAUACUCAUAACAGGCAUCUACUUCAUCUACAUGGACUAAAUAUGUCUGAGUGUCGUGGUUUAUUAUGAACUACUUGGACUAACUAGUUAGUAAUAGGUAGGUCCUUCAACACCUCUGCUUUUGUUUAUACUGUAUGUUUGCUAUGGAUGUAGCAACAUCCACAGUCACUGUACCUAUACUCAUUAUUCAUACUGUGUGUUGGGAAUCGGUUCCCAGUAGUGCAUAGCCGCAUACAUGAGAAAUAUUUUGUGCUGUGCGCGCUCUAUGCAGUAUAAUUGCACUUUUUUUGCGGUUGAAGUUUAUAUUUAUCCUUACAAAGUAAAGACAUUUCAUUAACUUUGCUGAAUGUGCAGUAUUCCUCUUCUAGCAAAGCUCAUUCCAGGAACAGGACAACGGCUGUAGUGUGGUUGUUUGAUCACAGAUGUGACGACCUAGGUGAUGAUGUGUUGUGUAUUUGAGAGUCUCGGGUUCAUGUUGCAUUCUGAUGGCAACAGUGCAUUGCAUAUGGAUGGCUAACAUGGGGGCUGCCUGACAUACAUGAGUAUUUCAUUCUUCUGGUGUCAUUGUGAUGUGUCAAAAUGCUUCAGUGUUUUUGGAUAUACUGAAGAGAUACUUCAGUCUCAGGAGUCAAGGUAGUUUUGGCAACUGAUCAAACCAUAGAUUAACAUGAAGUGGAAUGCUUGAUUAAUUCAUGUUGAUUCUGAAUUCUCCUGCUUUUGUGUAUCUAAUUGGACAAAGCUUUAUUUGCCACCGACUACUGUCACUGUAUAAGUGAAAAUCUGAAGUAUGUUGUAUUGUCUGUAAUGAAAUAAAAAUCCCCUUUCCCACCA